AUGUCAGGACUUUCUUUGGCGCAGGCGCGUCUGCGUGAGGAGCGUAAGGCGUGGCGGAAGGACCGUCCAUUUGGCUUUUGGGCCCGGCCACGCGAGAAACCCGCUUCCUCUGCGCCUCUCGCCUUCUCUUCUCAAGCUUCACAAGAUGCAACAACACUCACAUCGACCGCCGCUUCUACUGCGACGGCGAAUGCGUCUUCUUCUACAACAGCCGGCAGCACAGGCUCCGCUAGCAGGAGUCACACCGCCCCUACCGCAUCGACAGGAGGCAGCAGUAAAGACGCGAAGGGUCCAUUGGCAUCAUCGACGGCAGCAGGUAGUGGUGUUAGUGGUGGUUUGGAUUUGCUUGAGUGGGAGGCUGGUAUUCCUGGUAAGCCCGGCACGCCCUUUGAGGGUGGUGAAUUUCGUCUCCUGCUGCACUUUACAGAGGACUACCCUACCAGGCCACCCAAAUGCGUCUUUACCCCGGUAUUGUUCCACCCCAACGUAUAUCCCAGUGGUACUGUCUGUCUAUCAAUUCUGAACGAGGAGAAGGAUUGGCGACCAAGCAUUACCAUUAAGCAGAUCCUUCUUGCUAUUCAGGAGCUACUUGACAAUCCAAAUAUCAAGGACCCUGCGCAGGAGGAGCCGUAUAAGGUGUACAUGCGCGAUCGAAAGGAGUAUGAGGAUCGAGUACGCCAAGAGGUGGCAAAACACCACAAGAAGCGUAUGGUUUGA